UCAAGUGAUCGUGCAUCCUCGUUUCUCUUCGUCCAUCCAUCCAUGGCAAUUAGACUCCACCUUAGACCUGCACCUUUGAUCUUUCCCUCCUCGAAUCUUCCUUCACUGUGUUUCUCUUCUUCAAACUCCUUGAACGGCCCUUCCGCAUCAGCCUUCUUGAGCCCCUUCCCUCGAACAAUAUCCCAACGCUUGAACCCUCCUCUCAUCCUCUCCCGAAGGCUUUUCCUUCCUUCAGUCUCCGGCAUCUGGGACGCUUUAACCGGAGGAUCUAACAAUGCUCAUGAAGCCGUGCUUUCAAUUCGACGUGGAAUGCUUCUCUUCAGGCGGGGUGAUGUCCCGGGGUCUUUGGCGGAGUUCGACAAGGCAAUUGAGUUGGACCCUCGUCAAAAGGCAUAUCUUUGGCAAAGAGGACUAUCGUUGUACUAUCUCGAUAGAUUUGAAGAAGGCGCGGAGCAGUUUCGGUUAGAUGUUGCACAAAACCCAAAUGAUACGGAGGAGUCCAUAUGGUGCUUUCUGUGUGAAGCUCAACUAUAUGGAGUGGAUGAAGCAAGGAAGCGAUUUCUUGAGGUUGGCAGAGACCCACGGCCUGUCAUGAGGGAAGCAUAUAAUAUGUUUAGAGAUGGCGGGGAUCCUGAGAAGCUUGCGGCUGCGUUUUCCCAAGGCGGAGAAAAUGAGUAUUUUUAUGCUUCACUAUAUGCCGGGCUUUAUUAUGAAUCUCAGAAAAACCCGGAAGGUGCUAAGCUUUAUAUAGUUGCUGCUUGCCAGUCACCCUAUGGACAAAGAUCUGAUGAUUAUAUGGCUUCUCUCGCCAAGGUUCAUUGUCUCUGUCGAAAUUGGGUCUCCCAAUAAGAAGUGCUCCUUAAGAAUGUGCCUGCAAGGCACAGUGAAGUGGGUACAUUGGUACGUAGGAUAGUCUGCUUAAGGAAAAUUGAGCGUCACAAUGCCGAAUCAAAGAAGACUAGAACGUGCACAAAUUCAUCUUCCUUCAGGCUUGAAGGUCGGCCUGAAUGAAGAUAAGCAAAGUGUGGAGGAUAAAUAAUAUUCCUUUAGCUAAUGUAGAACCUAAUUUGAGAAUUGAUGUUGGUUAUUUAUGUUAGACCUGUUUCAUGUGUUUAU